AUGGCAAUGAAAGAAUGGCUGCAAUGGCUACCGCCGCCACGGUCGCUUCUCGCUCUGCUGAUUGCCAUAGCAGGCUUUAGCGGCCGACUCUUCGCUGCACACGUCACUCAUUCGCCAACACUUCUCGUCGAUACAUGCCACUCACUCUGUCGACUUGUAGGACUCAUCACUACCUUAUUAGCAUUCAAGUAUGAAAGAGCAGACGAGGGAGCUGGACGCGAGGGUCGGCUGCGGAACACAUUCGGCUGGGCCCGUAUUGAGGUCGUAGGGCGUCUGUCUGUGCACGUAUUAUUCGCGUCAUUCGCUCUCGCCUUAGUUGUGAACGCAUUACAACUAGGCGUACACUCUUCACACUUGCAGCCGCCACGCUAUCCAAGGGUCAUAAUCAGCAGCGCUGUUAUUGGCCUUCUGCUCCAUGCCAUCAAUUACAUGCUACUCGCUGGUCGAGAGAUGAGCUACAGCCGACGUUUGAGUAUGACAGAGGGUGGGGAAGUUAUAUUAAAGACUGGAUCAGCGGAGCCGGUACUCGCUCAUGCACCAACUGACAUUGCUAGUAGUUUAUUCGUGAUGGGAGCAGGGCUAACUCUGGAGUGGGAGCCAAUUGCAGCGAAGCUAGCUGACCCCGCUCUCUCCGCCAGCGCAGCUGUCAUACUUGUCAUAUUUAACUACCCAUUCAUGCGAGCAGCAGGACUAGUGUUGCUACAAACAGUGCCAGAAGGUAUGGGCGCGUGUGACUUGCGCGCGGCUGCACUGCGCGUGCCCGGCGUGCUCGCCAUACACGAGCUGCACGUGUGGCAGCUACACAGAGACCGACUGGUCGCCACCGCACACAUCUCAUAUGAUUCGCAAGAGGCGUAUCUCCGCAGUUCGAAUGUCGUAUGCGAUAUAUUCAAACGUCAUGGAAUUGGUUUGGUAACACUCCAACCAGAAUUUACUCUAUCAUCUAUAUCAGGUACAGAUGAAGAAAAGAAAUCAUUGAUAGACUAUGCAAACACUGCUUGCUCCUGUCCAUGUGCUAAGGAGUGCACGGCGCCUCGAUGCUGUCAAACGCCACAAAAACCCACCGUUACACGUAUUUGAAUAAUUGUAAUAUAAUUUUAUAGUAAUAAAAAUUAGCAGAUAUUGUUGAACACACAUCAAAA